GAGAUAAAAAUGCUGAAGAGGAAUUAAUAAAAUGUGCCGAUGAUUACGUAGUUGAAAAUUGCACAAAUAAAGUGAUUAAAGAUAAAAAGAGAAAUGCAGUAGUUACUGUGCAAAAUUCAACUACACCAGAAAAAUGUAACGAUGCAGUUUCUAAACAAAAUGAUGAUGGAUCUUUUGAAAUUAGUGAGACGAUUUGUGAAGAGAUAGACGUUCCCAUUACAGAAGUCGUAACUACAAUAAAGAAAGAUACACAAAACGAGAAACUUAAAUCACCCGAAUCCGAGCCGUGGUGGAAAACAGCACUUGCUCUCAGUUACCUUAAAGUCGCUGCACCACAUCACGAAAAUCUAUGGAAAGAUAAAUACAAUAAAGCUCGUGAAUAUCUUUCUAAACAAAUUGGAAAUAAAGAUGCUGAAGAGGAAUUAAUAAAAUGUGCCGAUGUGUACGUAGUUGAUAAUGUCACUAAGAAGGUUGAGAAAGAUCAUAAGAAAGCCGCUGCACUUCCUCUUGUUCAAGAUGCAGCUUCUCCCGAGAAAUGUAAAGAAAUUGUAUCUAAACAAAAAGAUGAUGGCUGCAUUGAAUUGGACGAUUCAGUGUGUAAAGAAUUAGAUACUCCUAAGGAAGAUAUUAUUACCACAAUUCAAAAGAACAUUACUAACAAUAAACUUAAAGUACCUGACCUUUCAACAAGUCUUUCAACCGCUGUUAAUCUCUCAUAUCUUAAAAAUCUUGCACCUCACCAUGAAGGUGUAUGGAAAGACAAAUAUGAUAAAGCCCGUGAAUAUCUUUCUAAACAAAUUGGUGAUAAAGAUGCUGAGAAUGAAUUAUUAGAUUGCACCGAUGAAUAUGUUGUUGAUAAAGCAACGAACAAAGUAAUUGAGGAAAAGAAACGUGAUGUAAUUGAACUUAAGAAAGAUGAAAUACCUAAAACUGAAAAACCUAUUAAAAACUUUUUCGGUGGUCUUUAUGAGAAGGCUGCCAAACUUG